CCUUAAGCUGUUUGACUUUGAUUAUUUUAGAAUCAAAAAUAAUACCUACCAUCCAAAUUGCAUGUCAUGAACAUAAAAGCGUAAAUUCUUUACAUUACUUUAGUAAAAGUGGAAAAUUCUUUGUGUGUAAUACAUAAAAUGAAAAUAUGUUUCAAAACUGAAUGUACAUGACCAUUCAAAACAUUGGUAAAUGAGCAAUCAUAUCUAAUAGAAAAUAGAAACAUAAUCAUGAUUCCCAUAUUUUAAAGUAAUCGUUCAGUUUUAGUUCAGUACCUACUAAAUUUUUAUACCAUGGCUGAAAAACAAAAGACGUUUAGCCUAUUGCCCAAAAUACUCAAUGGAGGCAUAGCUGGAUUCAUAGGCGUUUUAUGUGUUUUUCCCUUAGAUCUUGUCAAAACCAGAUUACAAAAUCAAGUUAUCCGUCCAGACGGUACAAAAACGUACUCAAGCAUUAUGGACGCACUUGUAAAAACAUUUAGAAAAGAAGGAUUUCUCGGAAUGUAUAAAGGUUCAUUCGUAAAUUUGAUUCUAAUAUUACCGGAGAAAGCUAUAAAAUUAGCAGCCAAUGAUAUGUUCAGGUUCUAUUUGAAAAAGACAGACGGAUCAUUACCAAUGUAUAGACAGAUAAUGGCUGGUGCGGGUUCUGCUGUUUGUCAAAUGAUUGUUACUACACCAAUGGAGCUAUUUAAAAUCCAAAUGCAAGAUCAAGGAAGAUUAUCUGCUGGUGCAAGUGGACCUAAUACAUUUCAAGUUGUUAUGGGUAUAUUAAAAACGGAUGGAAUAGCUGGGUGUUUCAAAGGACUAACCGCAACAAUGUUGCGAGACAUUCCAUUUGCAAUGAUAUAUUUCCCAUUUUUUGCCAAUUUGAAUGAAUCAUGUCCACAGCAAUCUGACGGUGAUGCGAAGCCUUUGUGCACGUUUGGGGCAGGUCUACUGGCAGGGGCGGUGGCUGCUAUAACUUGCACCCCAUGUGACGUUGUUAAGACCAGACUUCAAACUAUCAAGAAGGGAGACGGUGAAGAAGUAUAUACUGGUAUUUCUGAUGCUUUCGUCAAAAUUUAUGAAAAAGAAGGUUGGAAAUCAUUCUUUAAAGGAGGAGCUUGCAGAAUAAUGGUUAUAGCUCCUUUAUACGGAAUAAGCCAAGUAGUAUAUUAUCUCGGAAUUGCAGAAUAUUUGUUAGGAAUGCAAAAACAUACAUAAUUUUAUUAACUUAUAG